AUGCUCCGUGAGUGGGGCGAGAAGGAGAAGGAGGAGUUGCUGCUGCGUAACCCGAUUCUAGGGCAGUAUGCCGCGACAGAGCCGCACACGCCACUGUCGGCGGUCCUCACGGGGUUUGCCACUCCUAUAACACCAACGAGCGAGAAGGGUACCGCACCAGUAGGAGGGUGUUUUCCCGCCGCCCCCCCACGGGGCACCACCACCACCAGCUGCAGAAAUACCCGAACACUGGUUCGUCAUGUCUCUUUGGAUGAGGUCGUGACGGUAACGAAUGUAAAGACCAUUGCGCCUCGAAGCAAAAGAUUUUUACAUUGUAGCCACACGGUGCGCUCUGCCACGACUGAGGAGCGGCCGUUAUUCAAGGAGACUAUUGACGCAGGUGCAGCUGCGCCGUUGGAGGUUGAUGAUGAACUAAGCCGAGGCCUCUGCGGUCGCGACGAUCAUUUUACGGAGAAUAGCGCGGAGGAGAGGCGUCAGCGACGAUUCAAUAGGGUGGAAAAACGUGCGCUGCAACUCAGCAACGUUUUGUCUCAGUGCCAUUUUUUCGGUGCGGCUGAUGUUCUACAGGUCCUACAAGGUGAACCUGAGAAGAGUGGCGAUGCUGAUGCGCCCUUGACCUCAUGCCUAGAGCCGAAGGAUCUCAGUAGGUCUGUCAUUGGACGUGUUGUUGCCUUGGCAGAUCGUUCGUUGAGGCGACGAGCAGGGGAUGAUGACUGGGAUACGUUUGCUAUCGAUGACGACGACGAGCUGGCAGGUGAUAAAACAGAGAGCUUCUCGUUGCUUGGGAAUACAGUAGAUCCGUACAACUCCGCUGCGGAUGAGUUGUGUAGUGUGAUAGAUUUGGGGCGGAUGGCUGCGGCGUGUGCGGAGCUUGACGACUACUUGAAGCCAUCCACAGCGACAGAGGUCACCACAUGA